AUGGUUCUCUCAAAGACCGCGUCGGAGUUCGAUGUCUCGGUGCACUCCAGCUUCGCCUCGCGCUACGUCCGCACCUCCCUGCCGAGGUGAUCAUCUCCACGCCUCCGAUCUGGCCGGCGACGGCCGCCGUGACCAGAUCCGGCGCCGCCGCCACCGCCUAUGGUGACUCUCCGUCUGAUGGGUGGGUGCCCUCUGUGAUUUUUGCAGGUUCCGUAUGCCGGACAACUCCAUCCCCAAGGAGGCGGCGUUUCAGAUCAUCAACGACGAGCUGAUGCUCGACGGCAACCCGCGGCUGAACCUCGCGUCCUUCGUGACGACGUGGAUGGAGCCGGAGUGCGACAAGCUCAUCGUGGCCGCCAUCAACAAGAGCUACGUCGACAUGAACAUCACUUUCACCAUGACCAAGAGGGGCAAUCUUGAAGGAUUUCACUCCCCCCGAUUCCUUCUAUAUAUAUGGACACAACUCCGAGGGGUACCGUCGUCUUCUUGCUACCUGUUCAUCUCCCGCUCGUUCUGUCGAGAUGAUAAACGUCCGCGGGACCUGUAG